UUGCUCGUUAGGUGGGUCACCAAAGUCACACUUCCACUGCUUUUCUGGGUAAAAUACACGCAUCUUAUUGUCUCGAAUCCCUUUUUCUUUUCUCCUCCUUGAGUACUAAAAAAUACCUAUAAUUUAUCCUUUUUACAGGUUAAUACAGUGAUUGGGCUCUGAAAGUGGCAAAUUUUAGUGUACUAGGAGUGCUGUAUAACAAGCUAAAUUUAUUAUUUUGUUUUUAUUUUUUUAUCUGUUAUUUUAUUUGUUAAUAUACAACAAAAACAUGACAUAUACUUCUGACUGGGGAUUCGUAUUCAUACUGAAAUUAUAUGAUGGUGAUAUAACCAUUAAUUUAAGUUGCCCAGAAUAACCAAUGAAAAUCCAAUGUAGCUGUUGUCGUGAGGGGUAUUUUAAAGGCUAUGUUGGUCAGUUCAAGCGUUAAUUAAAUUAAAAGGUUGUUUCCUAGUAACAUUUUGCACCAACUUCUUGGUCUUUAUUUAAUGUUGGCCAAAGUCCAUUGUCUAUAGUCUUCGCUUUACUACAUUAUGAAAAUCAUAUGUAUUUGAGACUAAAGUACAAACAACUCGUUAAUGAAAUGAUGAAGAAAAGAAAGAAUACUGAGUUAGAAAGAAGGGAGAGGGGGGCCAUUGGUGAAGAAGAUGUAGAGGAUGAGGAGAAGAAGAUCAAUAUGUUCUAUAGCAUAAUUAGAAAUCUUCGAGAUGCUCAGAAUCAAAUGUUGGUUACCGGAUUAAGCAAUCCGAAGGAGAAAGCAAAAGGUAAAGAAAACGUAAAACAAAGAGAAAUGAAAUCAUCAUCAGAUUCAAGUUGGACCCCGUCCUUCACAUGGGAAGAUUUUGCAGCAGAUCAUGCACGUUUGAAAGGCAAUACUAGUGAUAAUAAUGAUAUAGUCAUGGUUCCUACUUCUUCUAAGGAUCAAGAACAACCCAAAACAGAAAAACCUGAUGAUUUAGAUCUCAAUCUCUCACUUUAAUGUGUUUUGUUCAAGGUAACUAGCUAUUAAGUAUUUACAUUUAUUUGUUCCAAGAAACCUAAAACACUUCGUUUA